GGGGGCGGAGCACAGUGUGUGUGCAGGAGACGAGUCGAGCAGAGAGAGCUGCAUUUUCAUGAAACGUGAGUAAAGCAGUGAACUUAGAGGAGAGAAACAAACUAAAGUAUCGAUCAUAUACCACUACCAACGUCUGGAUCGAUAUCUGCAUCGAUUUGUCCACCCUUGUCUCCUGGAUCGUAGCUGAGAUCAGCGUGAACCACGUGGGUCUCUGCUCCCUGAUCUGUUUCCUGUGUUUGGAAAGAGUUCCAGCUUCAUCACGGAGUUUCUCUCGGUUUGUGGGCUCAUCUAAAGCUGAGUAACGGGAGGAGAAGAGUCUGGUGGAGCAGCAAAUUUCAGCCAUUUGGACUCAGCUCAGCUACUACAGAGAAAACGAUGACUUUAACACAAAAGGACCAACAUGGAGCGAGAAGUCAGCGCUCUGAGGAGGCCGACAAACCUCACAGAAGAAAGGGAGAGAAAAAAUACAGCUGUGAUGAGUGUGGGAAGGGGUUUACCCGUCCUAGAGGCCUAAAAACACACCAAUCUUUCCACAGUGGAGUUAAAUCUUACAGCUGUGAGUUGUGUGAAAAAUCUUUUACCCAGGCUGGACACUUAAAAACACACCAAAUCAUCCACAGUGGUGUUAAAGCGUACACCUGUGAUGAGUGUGGGAAAGAUUUUUCUCGAAAGGAUUCACUAAAAACACAUCAGCUUAGACACGUUGGGGAGAGACCAUUCAGCUGUGACUUGUGUGGAAAAUCUUUUAUCCUUGCUGAGUAUUUGACAAAACAUCGACGCAUCCACACUGGGGAGAGACCAUACAACUGUGACUUGUGUGGAAAGACUUUUACCCAGGCUGGAAACCUAAAAAGACACCAGUUAAUCCACAGUGGAGUUAAACCAUACACCUGUGAUCAGUGUGGUAAAGAUUUUGCUCACAUUAGCUAUUUACGGCUUCAUCAAGUUACCCACUCUGGAAUUAAGGCGUAUGGCUGUGGCAUUUGUGGAAGACACUUCAGCGGCAAACAGAGCCGAAAUAAACACCUACGCAUUCACACCAAAAAUGACGUGUGCUACUGUGAUCAGUGUGGCAAACUGUUUGUGACAUACAACAGCUUAAAACAACACAUGUUUACACACGCUGAGGAGAAACUUUAUAAAUGUGACCUGUGUGAUAAGGCUUUUAAAGCUCCACGAUCCCUCAGAGUCCACCAACAGCUCCACACCAGAAAGAAACUCUGCAAGUGCAGUUACUGUGAGAAGCAGAGCGACACAGAUGGAUCCAGUUCUCAACCCUGUCGUCACUGUGGUGGUGGGAAAGAGUUUCUUUGUGACCUUUGUGGAAAAACUUUCAGUAAUCGUGGGAGCCUAAGAAAACAUCAACUUAGACACACUGGAGGCAAAAUGAACUACUGCAACGAAUGUGGGAGAGGCUUCACCACUGCAGGUAACCUUAAAGAGCAUAAACGAGUCCACACAGGAGAGAAACCAUACAAGUGCAGACACUGUGACAAAAGCUUCUCACAAUCAGCUCAUUGUAAAAAACAUGAACGUACACACAUUAAAGGAAACUUCAGCUGUGACCAGUGUGACAAGACCUUCAGAAAUCUCAGUUCAUUCUCCACACACAAACGAUCCCACGCUGCAAAUAAACUGUUUCACUGUUACCAAUGUGCAAAAACAUUCACUUCAUUAUCUGCUCUGUGCAAACAUCAGCGUGAUCAUGAAAUUAUUCCCAUCACUGGAUCACAAUGAUUCUGAAGAGACAGAAAUAUCAUCUUCUGGAUUCGGGGUCAGACUUAAAAACCUUGAGAUCAGGCUCCACAGAGUUCAGCUGGACUCUCCUGUAAAGAGUGUCAGCUGAUGUCACACUUGAAUCUGAUGAGGUAGCUCUGAUAUCUGGGCCUGCAGUAAACGCACUGAAUGUUAAAUUUAGGUAGUAUGGAGAUAAACAUCAAGUUUAUUUUCCUUUGAGCGAUAUUAGUGCUUUUUAUCCCUGUCACAUUUUAAUCUUUGUUCCCUUAGUACACAGUAGUGUGUAGUAGUUGUUCUUUUUAUUGUAUUAUAAAAGUUAUAGGAAUGUGUUUUUUACCAAACUGAUAUUGUAUGAAAACUGCAGAUGUGGAUAAUAAUAACUUCAUAAAGCAUUUUCAAACAAAAUACCGAGCAGCUAUUUUACAUACAGUGGUCAUUUAUCGCAGGAGUUAUGUUCUAAAAAUAACCCACGAUAGCUGAAAUCCGCAAAGUAUCCAACUUUAUUUUUUACAAUUAUUAUAGAUUAUAGAUGUUUUAAGGCUGUAAAACACCAAACUACACACUUCAUACACUUUUGUCAGACAGACAUGGACAAUUUUCACACUUCUCUUGUGAAAGUUCAAAUCUUCGUAGAAAAGACGUCCAGUGUUAUAGAAUGAAACCAAAGGCACUCACAGAUGCCUUUGAUGGUGCAAAACAUUUCGUCAACAUUGUUGUGUUUUUUGGGAAGAAAACCGUCACGAGGCGGGAUGGACUCAUGCGCAGACAAGGGAAGCUAAAUGCAGUUCCUUUUAUUAACACACAACACCAGGUGCAACUAUAUAUAGGUGAGAGAGGGGGGGAGAUCCAGAGGGGCACAGGGGAGGUCCAGAAAUAGGGGCUCUUUACACAUGAGGAAAUCGUCACACAGUUCCAAAACACAACACACCAGCAACUCCACUCGCCCAGGGUUUUAAGGGAAAGAGAAUCCUGCGUACAGGAACAAGCGGUUAAUCCAGCAAGAUAAAACGAAGAGACAACUAGAAACUAGGGUACGGAAGCUUACUACCGAGGUUACUCAAUAGUCCAACGAUGAGAUGUUUCCAGCCACUGCCUUAAGUAGUGGACGCUGGUGAAGUGAUGGGCCACAGGUGCAAAGGGCAGGAUCGGAAGCCUGCAAUGAGCUCCGCCCAGGCGACACAUGGCGAGCGUGAGGGAGAGAGAGAGGGAGAGGGAAAACAAGAAACAUCUGUAGCCAACCUGGGUCAGCCAGGCAGACAUGGGGACCAUGACAAAAACUUACAAACAGACAGUACAGCACCUCAGAGUCACACUACUAGCGAUCGAAGAUUUAUGUAAAUUUGACAGGAGACACGGCACGAGAUUGAGUCACAGUGGUCUACAAUCAGUACACAGAACAUAAUCUGCUGUAAAAAAAAAAUUAAAUAAAUAAAAAAGCAUGCAAAUUUGCACACAAAAAAAUCAGCGAAACAGCAAGACCGGGAAAAGUGAACCAUGUUAUAGCGCCAGGCGACUGUAUAUAACAUGUAUAUAUAUAUUUUUUUCAUUAUAACUUUCUUGCUUUUUUCCAAAUCUAACUUCUUUCUAUGUAUUUGUAUGUAUUUAUUUUAUCUGUUACCUCAGUAAAAUUUUAAUUGUUUUUCAUAUUUAAUCUUCUUAUGCUGUGGUAAUCUGUGCUUAAAAGUGUUUCUUCCCAAACUCCAAAUAAUGUCACACGAGUUGCUCUUAAAGCUUCCAGUAUGAACUAAAUCUGUCAACUGGUUUGUACCAGAAUAUAGAGUAGUGAGUCAGUGUAACCUUUAUUUAAUCAGGCAAAGAACACAUUCUUAUUCACAGUGGCAGCAAAGAAAUGUUAAAAGCUAAAAACAGCAGCACACAUGAAGACCAUUUUGAAAUGGCAGGUGACUUCUUUUAGUUCAUUCAAAUUCUUUUGAAAACUCUAAUUUUAGCUCCUCCUUUCACUUUAGUUUAUUUACUGUAUCUUUGAAAUCCACAUGUUGUUUGUUAUUGAAUGCAUUUUGAUCCAUGUUCUGCAGCUGUUUUCUGAUUUUAAGUUUGUAUUGUCAAAUCCUCAUUCUGUUAAACCAUUAGUUAUAUUUGAUGAGCUCUCUGUAAAGUUUGUUUUAUAAAACACUUUGGUGUGAAAAAUAAA